AUGAGACGACAAAAGGAGGAAGCAUCUUCUUUAUUAAGGGAUGCGUUAUCUUUAAUGGAAUUGGUGGACCUUUUGAGAGGGAUUUCAACAGUUGCAAUGGAUGAGAUGGGAUUAUUCGAUCUAGCAGGUGCCACAUCAAUUUCAAUGGUCGAAGUGGCAUCAUCCAGUCCAAUAGGAGUGUUUCCAGUGAGAUACAUCAACCUCUACAAACCUAGCUACACGUAA